UAUGUGCAUUUGGUAACCAUGAUGGUUGCUAUGGUCUUUUUGGUACGAGGGAACACCUAGAGAGGAAUGUGUGAAAUAUAACGCGUAUGUUUCUAACUCUAAAACGAUGAUUUAAAAUAUAACCAAGUCAUUCGUGUAAUCUAAAAUGGUUUUAUUUUUUAUCGUUAUUACUAGAAUAAUUAUUUAAAACCUUGUUAUCCAACGCAUGAUCGCCAAGAAUGGACAAAGGCAUCAUUAGGACUACACUUCCCAGGAUACGUGGUGCAUGGUCUGUUUGUGAUGUCACAAUGAGUAUAUAUGGCUACACGGUGGCGUUCUUCAUUCUAUUGUUACAUUGUAACAAACCGGGGCAGAGGCGAGGAAAAGGAGGACGUCAAUCGGAUAAAAUUCUGUAACAUUUUGACAUCUCUGUACCAAAUAAGGCGAAGAAAAACGACGUUGGGCCGAUUGAAACCGCUCUUGAAAAGAAAGGAUAAACGAAUACAGAUGUCAGCGGAUGCUCUUCCAAUGCAAAGCAUUCAAAGGCUCAAACCUGGAAGAUAAGGCAUCCGGCAGUUAUCUCCCAUUUUUUUUUACAACUUAGCAGAAAAUAAUGUCAAUAGCCUAAUAAAUGUUAACUAAACUUGACGUCCUUCUUUCCCACCGUCUGCCCCGGCUAUACAGGAUUGCUACGUCAAAGUUAAAUGGAACCUACUCCUGGAAGCGACCAUAAAUACAUUUCCUUUAUGUAGUCCAAUAUCUGCUUGAAGCCGGUGUAUCCUACAAAUGCAGAAAUAAGCAUUCAUACUGAACAAAUUAACAGUUGUACUUAAAAACAAUCGGUAGCCUAACAUUACAUCUCGAAAGAAAGAAGCUAAAACUGUCAGGGGAAAAUAUUUGGAAAAAAACUAAAAUAGGGCGUUACAAGAUCCAUGAACAAUCCUCCGUGAAUAAAAGGAACGCUCAGCAGUUGAUCAGGAGAAGAGGAUACUUUUUCUGCUUAAGACGCCAAGUUUCCAUGGAGGCAGUUUCAUCUCUCAGCCUCAAGCGAAGAUUCGAGGAGGUGGACAGUGGCUCUCCCUACUCUACGCCCAAGGACUCAGACGAUGAUAUCUCCAGCAGUGACAGCGCUGACAGCUGUGAUAGCCUCAACCCCCCCUCCAGUACUGCACUCAUACCGACCUCCAUCCUAAGACGUCACAAGCCCUCUCCAGGCCGGAAGCGGGUGCGGUUUGAUGUGGUGACGGUAUACUACUUCCCCAGGCAGCAGGGCUUCACCAGCGUGCCCAGCCAGGGAGGCAGUUCCCUGGGCAUGGCUCACCACCACUGCUCCAUCCGCAGCUACACCCUGGGAGAGUUUGCCUGCGAGCAGGAGACCAGUCACCGCCACGCCCUGCGCCAACACCUCCGCCAGGAGAAGCUCAACGCUCGCAAGAUGAAGCUGACACGUAAUGGUACGGUGGAGUGUGCCCAGGCUGACCUGCUGACCCUCGACAAUGUAUCAGACGAUGACCUUGACGUGGAGGGGGUGGAGGUGGAUGACUGCUUCUUCCUGCAGCCACUGCCCACAAAACGGCGCCGCGCUCUCCUCAGGGCUUCUGGUAAUGCCCGCAUAGAUGCCCGGGAGAAGGCUGAGCUACGGACCAUCAGGCUAUCCAGGGAGGAGUGUGGCUGUGACUGCCGUUUCUACUGUGACCCCCGCCACUGUGGCUGCAGCCAGGCUGGCAUCAAGUGCCAGGUGGACAGGAUGUCUUUCCCCUGUGGCUGCUCUCGGGACGGCUGUAGGAACUCGGUGGGCCGCAUCGAAUUCAAUCCUCUGCGCGUGCGAACACACUACCUGCACACCAUCAUGAAGCUGGACCUGGAGAAGAGGAGGCUGCUGGGGCAGCGGUUGGGUGUUGGGGAGCAGUAUGAAGAGUCUGACCUGCUCUCCUUCCACUCCUCCACCAGGCCUCCCUCCCCAGACCCUGACCUGUCCACAGGGGCCCAUGGCCUGGACUCUGAGUUAGAGACAGAGGAGAGAGAGGUCCAGAUGGUCCUAGAGGCUCAGGACCUCCUGACUGAGCAGGCCUGCCUGGAGCGGGAAAACGAGAUCGCCGUGCUCCACCUGCAAAGUGCCGAAGAGCAGGAGAGGAUGAGGGAGGAAGAGGAAGAGGAGGAGGCGCAGAGGGGCAGGGGGGGAGCAGGUAGCCUGGGGGAGCAGGCUCUGUGCCUCCUGCCUGGGGCCCUGCAGGGGGAGCUGUCUGGGGAGCCUGGGGUAGGGGUUGGGGUGGAGGGGGUCCCUAUUUCCCUCCUCCAGGGCCCAUUCCCCACUGGGGCUACCCUGCUCUGCAUCACAGAGAACCAGGAGGGAAAUUGGGAGGGGGAAGGGGACAACCCUCGUGGUGGCCUCAAAGACCCGGCCUCCUCCCUGCUAUACUACCAGUUAGGUCCCAUGGAGAAAGAGCCGUUUGAGGAGUCUCAGCCUGUGGAGGAGGAGUGUGUAGGUAAAGAACCAGGGGGAGGAGAGGAGCAAGAGAGGGUGGAGCAUAGAAGUAUUACCUGCGGGCAGGAUGAGGGCGAGUUUUCGCCUCCGGUGGCUCUGUGCACAGAGAAUGGCAUGGGGGCUGAGGGGGCUAAGGAGGUACCAUUCAGCCCCCAGCAGAGUUCCUCAGAAGGGCAGUGUCAGGAAGUGGCCUGUCUGGCCACAGGAGAUAUGUACCCACCACUGCCCCCUGAGGUUUAG